UGAUAUUUUCCUGCGCAAUCUGCAGGCUCCACUGCCACCCCAGAAUCUCCAGAAACUCCACAACGCAACUUUGCUUAAUUUUAUUAAGUCUCUGCCCCUGAGAUAUUUACGGGAUGGAGUCCACCUCCCAGACACAGACCAAGAAAAGUUUCAGCUACUUCGUCAGAGUCCCCAACAGCAAUGGGUUUGAUGUCACGAACGUCGAUGUGAAGAUAGACACGUGCUGGAUAUUCCAGGAUGCGGAGGAUAGCAGUGGGGAGCAGGGGCAUCUUCCGGAGGAAGUGGCUGGCAGCCCAGAUGUGAACACUGCUGGGCUCAGGAAACAGUUGGAGUCCUCAGAGCAGCAGCUGUCGGCAGCGGUGGGCCAGUGCGUCCCGUUGGAGUCGGAGCUGAGGAGCAGGAUCCGAGAGCUGGAGCUGGCCGAGAGGGAGCUGCUGCGCCGGGUGGACGCACUGAGCGCCCGUGUGGUGCAGGAACGCAGCGCGGCGCUCCGUGCCCAUGAGAAGCUGCGGGCGCUGCGGGCAGAGCUGGCCAGCCGGGCCACCCUGGGCUGUAUGCAGGGCCAGUGUCCACCUCCAUCCGGGCAGCAGGACCCUGGCAGGGGCUGUGACCAGCAGGAGGAGGCCCCGGGGCCAGGGGCCUCAGCAGGCCCACCCUGCACCGGCAGCUGCCCUGGAGGUGGACAGGGCCCCCGAGUCAUGGUGCCAGCCCUGGAGAGCACACGCAAGUUCCCGGGAGACGGGGCAGGGCCUGGCUGUGAACAGCUCUCUCUGGUGGAGCGCAGCCCAGAUGGACAGAUGCUCCUCCUGGUGUGGGGCCACCCCCCAGGGCAGUUCGCAGAGGGUUUGCUCCUCCCCAUGGACCUGGCCCAGAUUUCAGAGAGUCUCCAGGCUGCCCAGGAGCACCGCGUCCCCAGGCAGGCAUCCACGCUCCCUCUCUGGGGGCUGGCCAGAGAUGCGGAGUCCCUGAGGCGACUGCUGCUCCAGAAGGUGCCCGCAGAAGGGCUCCGAGCCCAGGAAGAGCUGGGCGCCAGGCCCACAGCACACCCCGGUGGGGACUGUCACCCGGCUAAGGGCCACCAUGCCUCCCUCUGCCACGAGUCCUCACGGACGUACAACCACCUGUCUCUGAGGAUGGGGUCCAGGGCUCGCCCAGAAGCCUGGAAAGAGGGAGGAGGGGUCCCAGCGGGGACAGCAGAGAGUGAGGCGGCGAGGGGGACUUCCAAGCUAAGUGCGAAUGCGGCUCAAGCCCCUGAGGGCGGGUGCUAUGACACUGGGGCUCCAGAGACCCUGGCCACCGCCUGCUGCCUGUGGUCCCGGCAGGAGCGCCCUGUGCCUCUUCUGCAGGGAGCGGCCCUGGAGGGUCCCCAGUCCUUGAGCAGGAUCGCAAGGGUGGAGGGAAGUGGCUGGGGCUUCCCGGAAGGGCUGUCAUCAGAAGAAGGGGUGUCGCCCCCGGCCACAGGCUCCAGGGCCCAGGGGACUAGAGCGUCACAGCUUGGUGACGGCCAGCUCACUACGGGGAAGGGCAGAGCCCCCCAGAGGAUGCUGCAGGACCAGGAGUACCGGAGGCUGCACUUUGGGAGCACCCUGCCUCUGCAGGAGGAAAGGGCACGGACGGGACCAGAGGAGGAGAUGGUGUCCAGGCUGGGCCACAGCCGUGUCCCAGGGCAGCCCGGCCCUCAGGCACUUGCAGGCCAGGAAAUGCUUUUCUGUGCCCGAGAGCACAGUGAGACGCAGCCUCCCGGGCCGGCUGUGCCCACCACCAGAUGUGAAGCCGCUGGUUCUCCUUGGGGCAAGGGACGAGACAGGUGUGCUCUCCUGAUAGACCAGUUUGAGAGGGAGGUGGAGGCUUGCUUCCAGCAGCUGCAUGCCCUGCACCUUGGCACCUCUCCCUCGGACCUGCUGGUGCAGGGUGUGCGGCUCUGGCAGAGGACGCCUGCUUCGUGGGGAGAGAAUUGGAGCUUUGCUUCCCGGCGGUGCAGCGGCGGUGCUGUGGAAUCAGAGCUCAAGGCGGGCAGUGAAGGUGUCACACUGCGAGAGACCGUGGCCCCCUGCACCAGCAGGGCCGUUCCAGGGAUGAUGCCCGGUUGCAACACAGCCAGUCCGGGCCCUGCGGAGCCGUGGUGGGCGCUGGAGAGGGCGAGGGACAGCUUCCAUCAGCUCCUUUCUGCACUGAAGGAGAGCAGGCCGGCCUCAAGUGACAAUGCUACACCUCCCGGCCACCAGGACAGAUGCUGUCGUAGAGCGUGUGACCUUGAAAAGGCGAGGGCGGGAGAUGCCGCUGAGCUGCGCAGGCUGGAGCAGGUGAACCGGGAGCUGGUGGCAGCUCUGGCGCGCCUGCGGGGCGAGCUGGGCCCGUGUCUGCAGGCCAUCUCCGACCUGGAGGCCUGCAACCGUGAGAGUUACGGCAAGAUCAUGCAGCUGGAAGAGGAGAACGAGAAGCUGAAGGGGGACCGCGGACAGCUGCAGGGAGCCGUGUCUGAGCGCAAGACGAAGUCCCAAGGUGUGACAGGCUGUGUCCCCCUGGAAACCAGGGAGCUCAAGGCGCUGCUGUCGCGGCUUGGGGCCAGGUACAGGGAGCUGAUCAGGGAUGCGGAGCUGGCCAUAGACGACAUGCUGCGGGCCUUGAAGAGGGAGAACCAGCAUCUCCUACGCAGCGUCCGAGGGCUGGAGCGGGAAGUCGCCUUGUGGACGAGCAGCGAUACGGGGCUCUUGCUGUGCGGGGAGCAGCGCCCCCAGGGAAAGCGCACAAGGACAGGGGACAAGGUGCACACCGCAGACAGGGAGGGUCGGGUGCCUGGAGCCUCGGGGCACCUGAUCCUGGGAGUCGGGGGGCCACUCUCGGAGGAGGAAGUGGGUGUGCGCAGAGGGCAGACGGGCCCCUCUUUAGACCCACGGGAUUCCGGGUGCGGCGCCCAUUCCCCCACUCAGCCGCCACUCGGGAGCAGGGCAGAGGGACCCGGCGCCCUGCAGCGGAGCAGCGCUGGAGCGGCAGGAAAAGAAGCGCGCCUGGAAAAAGAGGAGGAAAGACUGUGGUGUUCCUUUGCCCAGGGAUGGGCUCCGAGGUCCCCCCGCAGUGGCCCCCAGGACCCCGAGGCCGAGGUGGCAGAGGAGGACCCUCAGCUGUGUGUCCGGCGGCUCUGUCACCAGGUGCAGAUUCUGCAGUGCCAGCUGAGGGACCAGAGCUGGGCAAACCGGGAGCUGCGGGCCGCGCGGGACCAGGCUGUGCACAUCCAGAGCGAGCUCGGGGCCAAGCUUGAAGAGCUUCAGAAAGAGCUGCGGGAAGCACGCCUAGCGCUGAGUCCCCUGAAGGCCAAGCUGGCGUCCCUGGUCCAGAAGUGCCUCACAAGGAACCGCCUGAUCAUGCGCCUGCUGCGGGAGCUGCACAGACACAGCCUGGCCAGCCCGCUGCUCUCAGAGCUGGCAUGUGGCAUGGUCCAGGACGUGGCGCUGAUGGAGUACGCAGCCACCUUCCUGACCCCUGGGGUCGCUGAGGCCAGCCCCCUGGACGCGGGCUUCGAGGAUGCUGCCGCAGGAGGAGCUCAGGAAUAUCUGCCAGAUUCCAGAAUGGACCUUGUCCUCCAGAGCCCAUGGCGCCCGGGGUCCUGGCCUAUCCCCAAGGCUGAGUGGCCAGCACAGACAGCCCAGCCGGCGUCUCUCAAGAGUGACCGGUUGCUCAUCAAAGGGGGACGAAUCAUCAACGAUGACCAGUCCUUCCACGCUGACGUCUACUUGGAAGACGGGCUUAUCAAACAAAUCGGAGAGAACCUGAUCGUCCCCGGUGGGGUGAAGACCAUCGAGGCCAAUGGGCGCAUGGUCAUGCCCGGGGGCAUUGACGCCAACACAUACCUACAGAAGCCCUGCCAGGGGAUGACAGCCGCCGACGACUUCUUCCAGGGGACCCGGGCAGCGCUGGCGGGCGGGACCACAAUGAUCAUCGACCAUGUGGUUCCUGAGCCUGGCUCCAGCUUGCUCACCUCCUUUGAGAAGUGGCACGAAGCAGCAGACACCAAGUCCUGCUGUGACUACUCCCUCCAUGUGGACCUCACGAGCUGGUACGACGGGAUCCGGGAGGAGCUAGAGGUGCUGGUGCAGGACAAAGGUAUCAAUUCCUUCCAAGUCUACAUGGCCUAUAAGGACCUCUACCAAAUGUCGGAUAGCCAGCUGUACGAAGCCUUCACCUUUCUGAAGAGUCUGGGAGCCGUGAUCUUGGUCCACGCGGAGAAUGGAGACUUGAUAGCUCAGGAACAGAAGCGGAUCUUGGAGAUGGGCAUCACAGGUCCCGAGGGCCACGCUCUGAGCAGACCUGAGGAGCUGGAGGCUGAGGCUGUGUUCCGGGCCAUCACCAUUGCGGGUCGGAUCAACUGCCCCGUGUACAUCACCAAGGUCAUGAGCAAGAGCGCAGCGGACAUCAUCACACUGGCCAGGAAGAAGGGGCCCCUCGUUUUUGGAGAGCCCAUUGCUGCCAGCUUGGGCACAGACGGCACCCACUACUGGAGCAAGAACUGGGCCAAGGCAGCGGCGUUCGUGACAUCCCCCCCGCUGAGCCCGGACCCCACCACGCCCGACUACUUGGCCUCACUCCUGGCCUGUGGGGACCUGCAGGUGACAGGCAGCGGCCACUGUCCCUACAGCACUGCCCAGAAGGCAGUGGGCAAGGACAACUUCACGCUGAUCCCCGAAGGCGUGAACGGCAUAGAGGAGCGGAUGACCGUGGUGUGGGACAAGGCGGUGGCCACGGGCAAGAUGGACGAGAACCAGUUCGUGGCCGCGACCAGCACCAACGCAGCCAAGAUCUUUAACCUGUACCCGAGGAAAGGGCGGAUCGCCGUCGGCUCCGACGCUGACGUGGUCAUCUGGGACCCCGACAAGGUGAAGACCAUAACCGCCAAGAGCCACAAGUCGGCGGUGGAGUACAACAUCUUCGAGGGCCUGGAGUGCCACGGCUCCCCGCUGGUGGUCAUCAGCCAGGGCAAGAUCGUCUUUGAAGAUGGCAACAUCAACGUCAACAAGGGCAUGGGCCGCUUCAUCCCGAGGAAGCCGUUCCCCGAGCACCUCUACCAGCGUGUCAAGAUCCGAAACAAGGUCUCGGGACUGCACGGGGUCUCCCGGGGCAUGUACGACGGGCCCGUGUACGAGGUGCCGGCCACACCUAAAUAUGCAACCCCCGCUCCUUCCGCCAAGUCCUCGCCUUCCAAGCACCAGCCGCCGCCCAUCAGGAACCUGCACCAGUCCAACUUCAGCCUGUCAGGUGCCCAGAUAGACGACAACAACCCCCGGCGCACCGGCCACCGCAUCGUGGCGCCCCCUGGUGGCCGCUCCAACAUCACCAGCCUGGGUUGACUCCCGAGGAGCAGAUGGGAGAGGAAGGCACCGGGAGCACCGUCCAUCCUCUGCCUGUCCCUGUGUCUGAAACCCACAGCUUUAGUUGGUGCUGCUGGGGGAACUGAAUGAUGUCCUUUCCUUUUCGGUUUAGGGAGAAGUGGUACUAGUGUGGUGUGUUUGCUUGGAAACCCUUGCCUACAGCUGUGUGCUCACGCCAAAUGGCCUCCGAGCGUGGCUUCCGUUCCCCUCCCUUGUGAACCGCAGGUUGUAGCAUCGUCUUGUCCUGUCCCCCACUGUGACUGCAGUGGCUCCAUGACCCUGUGAGUGGCGGUUCCUUUGCACCCCGUAGUGACCUAGGAUAGUUUGAUGCAUGUUCUAAGCGGUGUAUGGAGUCUGCGAGUGCGGCCACGGCCACCACCGAGGAUUGUCGGAGACACCACGCCGAGACCUCAGCCCUCAGGGCCGAUGCCGAACUCAGAAACAAAGCUGUUUCCCGAAUGCCCCGCCCUGGUCUGCCCCAGAAAGAAGCCACCC